AUGGCGGCGACGCUUGGUGUGGCGUCUGUAUAUGUCUACGGCUUGAGAGGCUUCAAGGUGCGUCGAGACGACUUCAUCCGGACACGAAUAAAUGACUUCAGUGAAGAAUAUAUCCCCCCUAAGCAGCAGAAGUGGAGCUUCAAGAUGGAGCAGCAUGAGCCACAGCACCUCCACAUUAAAAAGGAAGAGAGAGGGCCUCACCUCCCACGCUUUAAAGACGAAAUGGAGGAGGAGCCACAGCCCCCACACGUUAAAGAGGAAGAGGAGGAUCACAGCAUCAGUCAGGAAGGAGAGCAACUUGAUGGAUUGGAGGAGUUCCGAGUGAUUGUUGUCCCUGUGAAGAGUGAAGAUGAUGAAGACAAAGGUGAAAGUGAGGAGAAGAGAGAGGUGGAGCCUCCAAGCAGCAGCUCAACUCAACACAUGACAACAGAAGCUGAUGGAGACCACUGUGGAGGAUCACAAGCAGACAACCUCUUAGCUCCACUAUCAGAUAGUGACGACACAACGUCACACUCUCCUGACACUGAUGAUGAAGACUCUAAAGCUGAUAUGACAUGUCACACUGACAACACACACUUUAAAUGCUCUCAAUGUGACAAAACUUUAAAAAACCGUCGUAAUCUGAACGUACACAUGAGAAGUCACACAGGAGAGAAACCAUUCUUGUGCUCAGUUUGUGGUAAAUCAUUCUCUCAGAAGCAAUAUUUGACAGAACAUACAAGAAAACACACUGGAGAGAAACCAUAUUCCUGUUCAAUAUGUGGUGUAGCUUUUGCCCGAAAUAAUGAUUUGAAAGUACACAUGAGAAGACACACUGGUGAGAAACCUUUUACCUGUUCAACCUGUGGUAACAAAUUCUCUAGAAAGGCAAUUUUGAAAAUACACACAAUGACACACACUAGGGAAAAACCAUAUGCCUGUUUAAUCUGUAAGAAAAGCUUUUCUAUUCGAGCAGCACUUGUAAGACACACAAGAACACACACAGACAACCUCUGCUCUCAGUGUGACAAAACCUUUCGCUUUAAGUCACAGUUAAAUACCCACAUGAUGAUCCACACUGGACAAAAACCUUUUGUCUGUUCAAUCUGUGGUAAAAUAUUCUCUCUGAAGUCAAAUUUGAAGUUACACACAAGAACUCACACAGGAGAACAACCUUUUGCAUGUUCAAUCUGCGGUAAAAGAUUCUCUCUGAAGUCAAACUUGAAUUUACACACAAGAUGUCACACUGGAGAGAAACCUUUUACUUGUUCAGUCUGCAGUAAAAGGUUCUCUAAGAAAUCAAAUUUGGAAGUACACACAAGGACUCACACUGGAGAGAAACCUUUUACCUGUUCGGUGUGUGGUACAGGUUUUGCACGAAAUGAUGAUUUGAAGACUCACAUGAGAAAACACACUGGAGAGAAACCUUUUUCCUGUUCGGUGUGUGGUAUAGGUUUUGCUCGAAAAGGUGAGUUGACAGUACACAUGAGAAGACACACUGGAGAAAAAGUGUUCAGUUGCAGUGUGUGUGAUGAAAGAUUCUCUUAUAAGUACCAGAUUAACAAUCACAAGUGUGCUGGUGAGAACAGCAGCAGGAAAUGAAGCUGCAGGACUUAAAAUAAAGUGUCGAGACUUUGAUCACUUUGAUUUUCAAACAUCAUCACAUUUGAAAUUGUUGUGCGAGUCACACGAUCUUGUUAAUAUGCUUCUAGCAUUUAAAUGUCAGUAAAUAACCUGGUGGUGUUUUGAUUUGGAAAGACUUAAAAGUGUUUCAUUUCUCAGAGAAAGCUGAUAGGGGUGUGUCAGUGUCCCAGUUGUUUAAAAUUGCAUCAUGUUCACGUGUGAAACAAUGUUCUUAUGUGUGUGUGUGUACUUUGGGCCUCUUGCAGCACGUACCUCUCUCCUCUCUUUUGUACAGUUGAAACCGGAAGCUCUCUGCAGCAAAAAUGGGGAAAAAAGGGCAAAAAUGGAGUUAAUGUUAAUAAAAUGCUUUUCACCUA